CGAGGAUACAGUGAGGGAAAUUCUCCAAGACCACUUUUGAUGGUUUUAAAGACUCUUCUAGUGAUUUUCACUUUUAAGUGCUGCUAGAUACUGCGAUCGUUUUAUUUAUUUCCAUUCGAAGACCAUUUUAAGCUCUGGAUUGGUGCCUAUUAGCUACAGUUCUCUGUUUGUUUGUUUUUUUGUUUGUUUUUUGUUUUCUGUGAUAUUUGGUUUACCUGCUUUUGGAGUCAAAUUCUCAAAGAACUGAAACUUUGUGAGGAUUUUCAUUGGGUCCAUCAUUAUUUUGUAUUUUGCUCUUAAAACCCCAACAGGAAUAUGAUGUCUUUUUUGCGCGUCAUACUGGGUUUCAUUGCAGCUCUGUGCGUAAACGCGGCGCAGAGCUCGUGGGAGGAAAGCACCGUGGUGCCAGUCCGGCUCGAUUUGUACGACACCGAACCGACCCAUACAGCAGAAGCUCGGGAAAAGGAAUCCGAGAAACGCAUCUAUCGCUUGGACGUCUUUGGAAUUCGGAUGGUGUUGGUGCUGGAAUCGGACCAGACCUUUUUAGCGCCUGGGUUUGUGUUCCAGAUGGUCGGAAAAUCGGAGUCCGAGGAAGUUGACAGCGCGGGAGAGGCGCGGUGCUUCUUCUCGGGAACCGUGAACGCAGAAGAACUUUCCGCUGCGGCGAUCAAUCUGUGCCAUGGACUGCGGGGCGGCUUCUAUGUUGGCGGCGAAGAGUAUUUCAUUCAACCCGCAAACGCCAGCGGAGAGUCUUCAGAUGGAGACGCUCAUUUCAUUCGCAGAAGAAAACGGGGGUUCUUAGCCGAGGAGAACGGUUCGAAGUGUGGGGUGAACGAGGAGGAGGAACGGAUCACCGAGAAACCAUAUGCAACCAAAUCCGACACAGAGCCCAUCUCAUCCGAGUCUAAAGCACACCACAGAUCUCGCCGCUUUGUGUCCACUCCUCGCUAUUUGGAGAUCAUGAUUGUGGCAGACCAGUCAAUGGCAGAGUUUCACGGGGCUGGGCUCAAACCUUAUCUGCUGACCAUCAUGGCGGUGGCAUCUCGUCUAUAUCGACACCCUACCAUUCAGAAUUCGAUCACUCUGGCCAUUGUGAAGCUACUUGUUGUUUAUGAUGAAGAACACGGCCCCCAUGUGUCCUCCAAUGCAGCGCUUACACUUAGAAACUUCUGCCAGUGGCAAAGACAGCACAACCCAUCAAGUGACCGGCACCCAGAGCACUACGACACAGCAGUACUGUUCACCAGACAGGAUCUUUGUGGAGCUCACUCCUGUGACACUCUGGGGAUGGCAGAUGUUGGCACCGUGUGUGAUCCUGAUCGAAGUUGCUCUAUCAUUGAAGAUGAUGGUCUGCAGGCAGCCUUUACAGUCGCGCAUGAGCUUGGUCACGUGUUCAACAUGCCCCAUGACAAUGCUAAACAAUGUGCUAGUGUUAAUGGCGACCAAUGGAAUGCCCACAUGAUGGCCUCAACCUUGUCAAAUCUGGACCAGCUACAGCCCUGGUCUCCUUGCAGUGCCCUGAUGGUCACGUCCUUUCUGAACAAUGGCCAUGGUCAGUGUUUACUGGACAAGCCCCAGAAGCCUCAGCAGUUACCUCAGGCUCUGCCAGGUUCAGUUUAUGAUGCCAACAGACAGUGCCGUCUCACAUUUGGAGAGGAGUCCCAGCACUGUCCUGACCUGAGCACCACUUGUGCUGCCCUUUGGUGCACCGUCACAUCUGCAAAUGGCUUGCUUGUCUGCCAAACCAAGAACUUUCCAUGGGCCGAUGGGACAUCUUGCGGGUCAAACAGCUACUGUAUGGCAGGCCAAUGUUUGAGCAAGUCUGAGGCUGCCAAAUAUCAGACUCCAGUCAAUGGUGGAUGGGGAACCUGGGGACCUUGGGGAGAUUGCUCACGUACCUGUGGAGGAGGUGUGCAAUACUCUUUCAGGGACUGUGACAAUCCCCUACCCAAAAAUGGAGGCAAAUACUGUGAAGGCAAGAGAAUUCAGUACCGCUCCUGCAACACUGAGGCCUGCCCUGAUAGCAAUGGUUUGACAUUCCGUGAGGAGCAGUGUUUGGCCCACAAUGACAUCUCCUCUCAGGUGUCAUUUGGCUCAGGAGAAGGUGUCAAGUGGGUGCCAAAGUAUGCUGGGGUGUCUCCCAAGGACCGCUGCAAGUUGGUGUGCCGAGCAAAGGGAACAGGCUACUUCUUCAUUCUGAAGCCAAAGGUGGCUGAUGGAACACCAUGCACCCCAGAUUCCACCUCAGUUUGCGUCCAAGGCCAGUGUGUGAAAGCUGGUUGUGACCGGGUCAUUGGCUCCAAUAAACGUUUUGACAAAUGUGGCAUCUGUGGAGGAGAUGGAUCGACUUGCAAGAAAGUUGCUGGAUCAAUGCAACAUGCUAGAGCAGGCUACCAAGAUGUAGUGACAAUACCAGCUGGCGCCACACACCUAGAUGUUAAGCAGCACUCUCUUGGAGGUCGCCGCCACGACAAUAGCUACCUAGCAGUUCGCCGGCAAGAUGGCACGUACCUACUGAACGGUGACUAUAAACUGACCACUUUAGAAACUGACAUAUCUCUGAAAGGUGCACUGCUGCAGUACAGUGGUUCCUCUGCCACACUAGAGCGCCUGCGAAGCUUUGCUCCCCUACCUGAGCCUCUUACUAUCCAGGUGUUGUCAGUCGGUGAUUCCCCCCGACCUCGCGUAAAAUACAGCUACUUUGCGCCACGCUCCAGCGGGUCAAAACGGCCAUCUAUUAACGUUAUUAGUGAAGCAGGAGAUGCCGAAUGGGCCCUACGUGAGUGGGGACCCUGUUCGCAGACCUGCGGCGGUGGUAUCCAGAAUCGGGACGUCAUCUGUCUUGAUGCUUAUGGCCGCCAAUCAAAAGACUGUCCUGAAGAGCUGCGCCCUGCUUCGUCACAACCAUGUGCUCUGCAUGCUUGCCCAUCCUGGUUGCUUGGGGAGUGGUCUGCUUGUUCCAAAACAUGUGGCAGAGGCUUCCGCAAGCGCCCACUGUGCUGCAUCGGACAUGAUGGCCGCACUUUGCCUAACGAGAGCUGCAACGCAAAAGAUCGGCCACGACCUCUUCUAGAUUUGUGCAACCUGACUCCCUGUUGAAACUGAACACUGAGGCUCGAAACAACCUCGAAUGGCUGUAAGUUGCACCUGGUGCUGACCAACACAGGUUUUUAUAUUCAAAGGGCCCAUUAUGACAAAGACUGCAACCAAACUUAUCUCAGUGUUUCAAUUCCCACCCAUCCAACACUGGGUACAGGGCACAAAGCUGGCACACUGUGUACCUGUCUUGACAGCUGUGAUGGAGGAUGAGAAUACGGACGCCUCUGCUGCUUUGGAUGCUGAUGUCAUGCAUGUUAGAUUUUGAGUGUGUAUGGGUGUGUAUGAUGAUUAAUGAAAGAGUGCAUGAAACAGCUAUGCAUUUUUAUCGUCUGUCUGAGCUGGACUAGACAGACAGGAUUAAUUUGUCACAAGAGAGCAUAUAGGAACAUAUAGAAGCUAUUGCCGGGGUCAAGAGCAGUACUGAAACAGAAGAGUUCAUUAGUAGUGUUAUAUAAAUGCCCUCUAGUGGUUCUCCAUGUCAAAGUUGCAAACGCUAACUCAAAGCACAUAUUCAACAUAUGCAUUUUUCUUGCCAAAAAUCAACGCCAUAUCUCACCUCAGCUAGGCACGCAUGCUGCUAAUCAAACACCACAACAGGUAUUAAGCAUUUCCUCAUAACUAAGUUUAACAAUGCACAUUAGCUUUAAGUUUAGCUUCCUAGAUUGAUAUUUUCACCAUUUUGCAAAGCCAUACCCGAUCAAGAGGGAUCAUAUUUUUAACGGAGAGGGAGACCAAAUCGCAGAGGUUCAAUACCUGAGAAGACAGUGUGUUUGUGCGUGUUUAUGUAUGUGUCGGUUAGUUCUGUGUGAUUGUAUGGAGAUGUGAGGGGCUUCUCUCCUACUACUUCAUAAGUAAUUCUCUCCUGCCUUCUGAGAAGGUAUCUUUGUAAUGAGGUAUUUCGUUUUGUACAGAAUGUCCAACCGUUAUUUAUUUUUGUACAGCCCAUUUAAUAUAAUCUUGUUGCUUUUUUAUAAUUAUUGUAUUUCUAUUUGUUAUUAUUAUUGAAAUUACUGAAGGAUGUAGAUUAUAUUAGAGUAUUUAUAUAUCUAUGAACUUAGGUUUAUGAAUAAAGUAUCACAUUGAUUUGUGGACCAAAA